AACAGCUCACAAUAACGAAAAACCUGAUGUCAACAUCCGCAGAUCAGCUAGCAGCAAAUAGUAUAAAUAGCCUAGUAUUUAAGGGAAGAUAUAUCACAAAAAAAAAAACCAAAAAAACAAGCUAGAGCAAUCCUAAAAAAAAACAGCAAGAUGAAGCGAUGAACAUAUAGCUACAGUUGCCUUGCAGUACUAAUAAGCUAAAUUAGUUACACUGUAAAACCCAUUUAGAAGCCAGGUCUCAAAUUUACAUGUGCAAAACUUUAAAAAAACGAUUAAAAGGUGCAGUCGCCUCACAAGGUGCCACAGAAGGAAGUCACCACCCCUCCUAACCAUAGCAGAUGUAUCUCGAGGGUAUUUUCUUCAUUUUGUGAAAUGAAAGUUAGCAAAAAAAGUGUCCUCCCUUAACUGCAAGGAGACCGUCACUGGAGUCCCGAGGAGAGUCCUGACUGGGUAGCUGUUUCCCAGAUACGCCUGAUGUGAGAUGUUCAGCGAGGGCUUCACAGUUCCUGACCAGGACUGUCGGUGUCGUCCAAUUAUGAUGAAUGUCAAACUUGUGACAAACAUUAAGCCUCGUACAUAUUCACGUGCGCAGCCGCAGCCGCGAAGAGGAGUCGCUGCCUGGCCAAGUCACGAGAUGCCGUGGCAGUAUGGUAAGAUGCUGUAGCAGGCACUCAUAGAUCAUCAGUGACGGUAUGCCGGUAACAGGGCGUGCCGUGAGGAUGCAAAAGGCACAGCGAGCCCCAAGUGUCAAACAGCUUCUGCAUUUAGGGCUACAAGAAGCUAAUUCUCAGAUAUUGAUUUCUAAUACGAUCCCUGCUAGCAAACACAAUGGAUUUACAAAGGUGCCUUGUUGUGUAAUUACAGCAAUCGUCCUUUGAGGCUAUUAAAACACAGGACAAUGGAUAAUGCAGUGGUUAGGGCCAUGUGACGUGAAGGUCAGUGGCUCACACCCCGAGGGAACUCAGCUGUUUUUACAGAUUAUCUUUUUUCACUUUGAAUCAAAUCCUACGUAAAACAACAACAUACCAACACCAAUCCAAGACUAAAAAUAAAACUAAACGUUUAGGCCUAUUAUCAUGUUUAUCGUUAACAAAAACGAGAAAAUCCCUGAACUCAGUCACACUGUGUUAACUCAUUCCUUCCUUAAUGUAAUAUGCCACAGAGCAGCUGGUGUCUAGAUCCAUAAAUCACAUUUACUCGUAAAAUUCAGCAUUAGAUUUUCAUUAGCAACCAAUGGCACAGUUUAACACAGAUAUAUCACAGAAGAACAGAGAGUUGAAAUUAAUUUCGUUAAAAAAUGCACUAUUUGUUUGUUUGAUUAUAAUAUCUAGUUGGUGAUUAUAGCUCAUUCUAGUAAAUCGUGGUUACAGCUCGUCGCCACAGUAUCAAAGCAAAUGCAACAAUUUCAUCUAAAUAACACUGAAUAAACUAAGACACAUAGUUUGCAUGGUACCAAGCUAUCAGUAGGCGAACGCUGCCCCUAUAUGGCAAUAAUAAAGCAUUGGUUAGAUUAUACAAUCAUUAUGCAAGGUGUUCAUAACUGUACCCAAGGCGAGGCGCAAAUGAACGAAUUAAACAUCGUUAAGCAUGUUUAUUGCCAUCCGCUCCGAGAAAACAACUUUACCGCGACGCAUAAAGCUGCUGAACUGUGAUCGCACAGCCACCUAAUGAAUUAGAUAUGGCUAUUAUAAUCUGUCACAUAUGGCGCACGGUACACAGCUAUAAAAUAACAGUUUAAUAGGGAACGUCAUGCUGAAGGUGAAAAAUGCACAUAUAUAUGUCAUUUUUAUCUUUUGCGUGUCCAAUAUUAAUGCUGUCUGUUUUCUUUGUAUUUGACUAGGGAUGGUCCGUCACCGUAUUUGGGUGGAUGAUGGCACACGCCUCUUCUCCCAUGCAGAGGUAUUUCGUGACUGCUGGGUCGGAGCUGUCCUUUUCAGCACCGCGGAGGUGCCACUCUCACGCCCGAAGAUAGUACGUGUUACGGCGCAGCGGCACACCGAACCCGGCCGGGAUUCCAGGAACUCCCCCGGUGACGGACCCCCGGGGAUCGCGUUACGCCGGGUGCCUGCGGCUUCUCGGUCAUGGCGAAUGUCGUUUGACGGUGUGAGAGGGUAAUAACCAAAAAGGGCACCGGGGGGAAUCUUGGCUGGAAACAGGCAUCGCGUUGGCUGCCGGGAAACCCCUUCAUGUGCGUGUAUAGCCUACGCGGACAUCAGGCGUUACCUUUUCACCGUAACCUGGAGUCAGAGACAAGGCGACCCGACGAAUCCACAAGUUCCCCGGGAGCCCAUGGAGGUGGCAGGCUGGCUACAUACAGGAGGACCGUGACACGAUCAUCAUAUCCACAGGACCUGUUACCUUCGUAUCUGAAUAGCGCACUCUCAGCAUGACAGGACAGAGCCUAGAGGAGCUGAACGGGUCUCAUUUUGAGGACAAUGCGAUACGCAUAAACGUCGGAGGAUUCAAGAAAAGACUCCUGUCUAAUAUGCUGUCUCGAUUCCCGGAGACGCGACUGGCUCGUUUGUUGCGAUGCCAGUCCAAGGAAUCAAUCUUAGAAUUGUGCGACGAUUACGACGACAUGGAGAAAGAGUUUUACUUCGACAGAAAUCCGGCGCUGUUUCCCUACGUCUUGAAUUUUUACAAUACGGGUCGGCUUCACGUCAUGGCAGAACUGUGCAUUUUUUCCUUCAGUCAAGAAAUAGAGUACUGGGGCAUCAAUGAGUUCUUCAUCGACUCUUGUUGCAGCAAUGCAUAUCACUGCAGGAAGAUGGAACCCGGCCGAGAAGACUGGGAUGAGAAAAGCGAGGAAGGAAGCACGGCUUCUUCCUUUGAUGAAAUUUUAGACUUUUACACCGACGCCACGAAGUUCGACAAACAGCCGCUUGGGAGUGUGAGACGGAGGGUCUGGCUGAUGUUGGACAAUCCUGGGUACUCUAUCGCCAGCCGGAUAAUCAGCAUCUUAUCCAUCCUCGUCGUGCUGGGCUCCAUUGCCACCAUGUGCAUGAACAGCAUGACGGAGUUCACACUGCAUGACAGCCAGGGCCAGCCACUCGAGGACCCACGGUUCGAGACCAUAGAGCAUUUUGGAAUAGGCUGGUUCACCUUCGAACUGAUCGCCCGGUUUGUGGUGGCUCCAGACUUGUUGCAUUUCUUCGAGCACCCGCUGAACCUCAUCGACCUGGUGUCAAUCUUGCCCUUCUACCUGACCCUCGUCAUAAACAUGGUGGCAGAGAGCAGCCCGGCUCUGACCAACUUAGGGCGUGUCGCCCAGGUGCUGAGGCUAAUGAGGAUCUUCCGAAUCCUUAAACUGGCCCGUCAUUCCACGGGGCUCCGGUCCCUUGGGGCCACGCUGAAGAACAGCUACAAAGAGGUCGGCCUUUUGAUGCUCUACCUGGCUGUGGGUGUCUCGUUCUUCUCCGUUAUGGUCUACACCAUCGAGAAAGAGGACAACGAAAGUCUGACCACCAUCCCAGCCUGCUGGUGGUGGGCGACCGUGAGCAUGACCACUGUGGGCUACGGAGACGUGGUCCCAGGAUCGAUAGCGGGAAAGCUGACUGCGUCAGCCUGUAUCCUGGCCGGCAUUUUGGUAGUCGUGCUUCCGAUCACACUCAUAUUUAACAAAUUCUCGCAGUUCUACAAAAGACAGAAGCAACUGGAGAUCGCCAUGAGGAGCUGCGAUUUCGACGAGGGGAUCAAGGAGGUCCCGUCGGUCAAUCUGCGAAACUAUUACGCGCACAAGGUGAAAUCCCUGAUGGCGAGCUUAUCUAACAUGAGCAGGAGCUCUCCCAGUGAACACAGCCUAAACGAGUCCAUAAAUUAAAGGGAACCUAUAAAAUGAAGCAAGGAAAACAGAAUUACAUUACUCUGCCUCUAAAUAGGGAAAACAUGUACGAAUAAUUACCAUCGAUGUUAUAUACUGCUAAAGCAUUGCAUGAAGAGUUGUCUGGUACAGUGUUAGCGGGUUGGGUAAUUAACCAUCACACGUUAGUUUGUGUUCCAGUCACAGUUAGCCUUCCCAGUGUGCUUGUCCUGCUGGUGCCCCCCCAAAAGAACCACCGUGCACUGGUAACUUUACUCUCACACCGCCCCUUUGCACGGUGGCGAUGAACUGGUGUGCCGUUACACAGGAAGUGAUGCGUGUUGAUGUGUACAUGAGCAUUUGCCAUUCUGGGUUUUCACUUGACAUCAGCUUCCAUGUGUCCGUGAAACGUUUCUCCUGGCAAGGAGUUUGAUGUUUGAAUGCUGUAUCGAGACAUAAAAAAAAAAAAAACUUACACUGUUUUGGGAAAACAUCUAUAUGGAAGAAGCCUGUCCUUGGACAGAUUAAUAUGAUUUAUUUUCAAAAAGAAAAUGUUACACAAUAUGUGGUAAAUUUUAAACAGACUGGCAGCGUUAACUGACCACCAAGCUGACUAAUAUAAAGUGUUGAAUUAACACCAUCAAUUUGCUGUGUAAUAACACGUAACGUCUGGUUAUAUGUAUGUGUGUGCAUGUAUGUGUAUCAAAAUACUAUAUUUUUGAAUGUGAUUUGUCAUGUUUUAUAACUAUUAAAAUGUAGAAGAAACGUUU